AUGAUGGAUGACCUACUCCCUCAAAGAAUCGUUCGAAUCGCCCGGCAACUCUCGGUCACCCCGGCUGAGCUCAUUGAGCCUGUCCUCGCCGACCUCCCAUAUCACCGCAUCCUCGACCUUCUGGGAACUCAGUAUGGCGCAAAUUCUCCUCACGGCACGUCCCUUCAGUCAGCUCUCGGCAACAGCAAAGCAUGGGUGGUACUACGCGAUCAACAUCUCGGCCACUUAGCAAAAUCCUGGGUAGCUUUGAACAGGCUCUCCUUGUUAUCAGAGGGACAGCUCGUUAUGGCAACGAAGCCAGACUCUGAAUUUAGGCCCCGACAUGCCAAGGCUUCAUCCUCUGCUUUGCCGGACUGGCCACGUCCCACAGCUGUUCUCGAAGAUGACCUGGUGCGCGCCUUCUCCAGGAUGAUACUUCACAAGGAAAAAUUUCGGGAUCGUGGCACCAAGCUCUACGCCGUCAUACAGUAUCUGCCCAAACCCAAAGAUUCAACAGCUUUCCAACAUCCGCGGACUGUUGCGGGGUUUCGCGCCAAAGGCUGGAAACCUGACGAUUGCGUCGAAAUUAUUCCCCGUCUUGCCGAGGCACAGAUACUUCUCAAUGAUGAAAAGGCAUCAGAGCUCCACCGUCUGGCCAAUCUCUACGAGCAGUUCCCAAUGUACCUGAAGACUCCCUUGGCACCUCAAACCCCACGGAAGAACAUUGCUCAUGUUCCUCGGCAACUACGUUUGUACGCUCGAAGAGCGGGACGUACACUAUGGUCGUUUCGGUACGCCCACCCAAUACUGGUACCAUACGACUGGUGUCUCCAGCUAUUCCAUGCUGUCAAUGAAGAGCUAGACUACUCUUUGGACCUACAGAAGACAAGAGACGGCAUCCAAAGCAUUCGCAUCCUCGAAGAUACCCUCCCGCGCUUGAGCUCGACUAAAGGGGUGAAGCUUCAAGAGCUCAAGAACACCAUGCCUAGUACUCCGGCAGAAUUGGAGUGGCUUGAGUCUUUUAUGCGUGUCGUUGAACAAAUAGAAAGUCGAUUCCCCGAACUAGCUUCAAGUAUGAAGGAGAGCACUGCACACCAGCCCUCCGAGGAGAGAACUGCCAGUCCUCCUGAAGUGGCCGAGGACCCCCCAAGUGUUCUUCUGGGACCGUCCGACUAUCAACACUUCAUCGCGAACUCACGACUUCAAGAUGUCGCAAACCAACUACGAUAUGAUUUUGACCUGUCGAAAAAGGCUGCAAAAGACGAAACAGAGCUGCCCAGCCUUCUCGCUCUUUACAUGCCUCCGUCAUCUUCAGCUGAAUCUAAAAGAGUCUCAUUCCACCUUUGGCCCAUCCUUGAUCCAGGUAUGCGCCAACUGCUAUUCGAGCAAAUGAUUGAGACCAUCAAGACAAGACUCUCCGAUACGCCUUCAGAAGCCACUAACGAUAAUCCGUAUGAUCGGGUGCACCGACAUAUGCCAAUGGGCAGUCGGAAACGAACUUGCUACGUCUGCCGCAUGGUUCUCGAUAACCCACAUCCAGAACUGGGAUCGAUGUGCAUUCCUUGUGGAGAGUUCAACCUCGCGGAAAGAGCUUUGUCGCUACCCGAGAACAUGUCACUAAAUGACAAGACCGCUGUCGUUACUGGUGGACGCGUCAAUCUCGGCUUCCACACGGCCCUGCGGCUGCUCCGUUGCGGUGCUGCUGUUAUCGUGUCGUCACGUUAUCCCGAAGAUGCGCUCUCGCGAUACCGGCAGGAGGCAGACUUUGAUGACUGGGCCCAGAGAUUGAGGAUCAUUGGGGCGGAUUUCCGAGCAGCAGCUGAUGCUUUCGCUCUGGUCCAAAGCAUCAAGAAAGUUCUACAGCAAGAAGGAUGGGAUCUUGACUAUCUGAUCAACAACGCCGCUCAAACUCUUACGGAUCCCCUUAAGAAAGAGGAACGCGCCAUUGAACAUGAGCAGUUUCUGCUUGACAAGCCGUCGGACGAUGGAAAAGGUGUGGUCAUACGCCAAGGUUACACACCCCGUGUACGAGGUGGUGCCAGCAGCCUUCCUGAUGGGGUGAAAGGAAAGGUUUCUGGUAGUGUUGCUGGGCCUUCAGCUCCGAAAAGCACGUCCGUUUCCGACUCAAUGUCUAAGUUGCAAAUAUCUGGCACAGACACAUCAGCCCCAUCAUCUUGGGUUCAGUCACUCUCGGAGAUCCCUUAUGAGGAUGUCAUCACGGCACACAGCGUCAACACUUUUGUGCCUCUGAUAUUGAUCCGGGAGUUGCUACCUUCGAUGCGAAAAGGUGGUCACAUUGUCAACGUCUCAUCCAGAGAAGGUAUAUUCGAGUCAACUCAACGCAGCUCCGCUAAAAACAGCAAGCAUGUUCACACCAAUAUGUCAAAGGCUGGGCUGAAUAUGAUUACGGAGACGGAGGCGCCGAUGGCUUGGAAGCUAGGCGUGGCCAUGAACACUGUUGACCCGGGCUACAUGAGUGCCGCUCCCGAAUUCGAGCAGGCUUACGGUGGCGAGCGGCCCAUUGGUUGGGAAGAUGGAGCUGGCCGGGUCCUGUGGCCCAUAGCCAGAGCUGGCAGGAAGAGAUUGUAUUCUCCUCCUAUUUGGGGACGAUUCUUGAAGCACUAUGGCGCGGUCAGGGUUGAUACCCGACUAGGCCGUGGGUGA